AGGCAGCGACGCAUUCGUCAUUCAGCCCUUUCUGUAUCGGCGCCUCACGGAGGAAGCAUCGCGCGCGCAGCCGUCUGAGACAGAGGCCUGCACCCCCCCCCACCCGCCGCCAUGUCCAAGUCCGAGUCCCCUAAGGAACCUGAGCAGCUGCGCAAGCUCUUCAUCGGUGGCCUGAGCUUCGAGACAACAGAUGAGAGCCUUCGUGGCCACUUCGAGCAAUGGGGCACACUCACCGAUUGCGUGGUAAUGAGAGAUCCAAAUACCAAGCGCUCCAGGGGCUUUGGGUUUGUUACAUACUCUACAGUAGAAGAGGUUGAUGCUGCCAUGAAUGCUAGACCACACAAAGUUGAUGGCAGAGUUGUUGAACCAAAGAGGGCCGUAUCCAGAGAGGACUCUCAGAGGCCUGGAGCUCACCUGACAGUGAAGAAAAUCUUUGUUGGUGGGAUUAAGGAAGACACAGAGGAGCACCACCUGAGAGACUACUUUGAACAGUAUGGCAAAAUUGAAGUGAUUGAGAUCAUGACAGACCGUGGCAGUGGCAAGAAGAGAGGCUUUGCGUUCGUCACCUUUGAUGACCACGACUCUGUGGACAAGAUUGUUAUUCAGAAAUAUCACACUGUGAAUGGCCACAACUGCGAAGUGAGGAAAGCACUGUCGAAGCAAGAAAUGGCCAGCGCUUCAUCCAGCCAAAGAGGUCGCAGUGGCUCUGGGAACUUCAGUGGUGGUGGCCGUGGAGGUGGAUUUGGUGGAAAUGACAACUUUAACCGUGGCAGCAACUUCAGUGGUCGUGGUGGGUUUGGUGGCAGCCGCGGUGGUGGCUAUGGAGGCAGUGGAGACGGCUAUAAUGGAUUUAGCAAUGAGGGUUAUGGUGGUGGCGGUGGUGGCCCUAGCUACUCUGGGGGAAGCAGAGGCUACGGUGGCAGUGGCAACUAUGAUGGCUAUAACAACGGAGGUGGUGGCUUUGGCAGUGGCAGUGGAGGAAGCAGCUUUGGAGGUGGCGGAAACUACAAUGACUUUGGCAGUUACAACAACCAAUCUUCAAACUUUGGCCCUAUGAAAGGAGGGAACUUCGGAGGCAGAAGCUCUGGUCCAUACAGCAGUGGUGGGGGGGUCGCACUCGGAGGCUUGCUAUCUGAAAGGGGUCACCAGAACAAAAGUUUGAGAACCACUGCUAUAACGCCAUCUCCAAUUGCUCUCUCAGGUGGCUACGGUGGCUCCAGUAGUGGCGGUAGUUAUGGAGGUGGGAGAAGGUUUUAACUACCAGGAGGAAAUGCCCAGUGCUAAGCCUGCCCUCUAAACUAGAGGACUCCAUGUACGUCUGCAGUGGCUGCUUUAAAAGGUGAGAUCUGUGGGGGGUUUCUCAUUGUAGGCCACUCUGUUCAUGACGGCUGUUAAUGCCUGGUGUCUUCUCUUCAUAGCUCUUUGUUGGGAAAACUACCUCUGUUGGGCCUGGGGUAGAUUUCAGCCCUCAAACAGGAAUAAGGGAUGUGGCUUUGUCUAGUGUGAAGCAAUUUAGAAGCCCACGCAAGAAGCAGACCAAGUAGGGAUCCCAAAUGACUUGCGGUAAUGUCUGCUCUCUACUCAUGUGUUCUCUCACUUCCUUGCAAUACUUUCUCUUAUCUAGCUGGAAGCCCAGACGAUGUCUCCGUGGCGAGUCGCAGAGCUGCUGUGUAGCUGUGUUCACUGGUUCAUAUUUGAACGCAUCUUUUUAAAUAAAGACUUUAUAUAUUUUUACAAUAAAGCUA